AUGGGGGAAGAGGGACAAGGGAAGAAGAGGAGGGUGGUGGAGGAGUCACUAGAAGGGCUAACAGAAUCGUUGAUCAUGCCGAGAAAGCACGGGGCAAUCUCUGGCGUAGGUUCGUCCUCCAUUCUUGAACUCAAGGCCCAACUCUACCAAUCCUGGGAAGAAUCCAAGCGUCUCUCCAAAGAACCCCUAUCUGGUCACGAACAACACAUCGAAGUCCACCGUGCGAAGAAGAAGAUCGCCGCACCCGAUACCUUCUCUCACACGAAGUCUGGUGUUGCCAAGUACAUUUGCAUUCUUAAUCUUGUUAUUUAUUUUGAUUAUGUGAAAUUGACUUCAGGGUUUUUAGAGU